AUGGCUGCCGUUGGUGAAAGCUCUUCGAUUCAGAAGGAGGUAGGAGAGAAGCCUGUGAUUGUUAGGGUUAAACGUAAAGUGGGACAGUCUCCUCUCGAUGCUUUCUGGUUGGAGAUAAACGAAAGACCAUUCAAACGGCCGUAUCUGGACUUUUCAAAGCUAUCUAUUUCCAAAUCAGAAGAGAAAGAGGUGUUGAAGCCCAAGAAGGUGCUAGUUCGGCACUUGGAGACAGUCACGGACACUGAAACCACAGUUGACGUUAUCCACUCUUUAUUUGAGCCUGAUCGUAAAGAGCACAGUUGCAGUAAAGGAAAGUCUGAGGAGCGCAAAAUUGCUUUCAAGAAAGACAAUAGAAAGGAACAGCGCCUGACCAAAGCUGUGCAACAACAACAGAUUGCUGCAGAUAAUGCUCGUUUUGAGCAAAUAUGGUGGAGUAGGAAGGGAAAGAAGGAGGGUAUCCGUGAUAAAGAACUUCAUGAAAGGUGUAAUUUAUAUGAUGUUAUCCGUGUUGAUGCUGAAGAAAGACCAGAGAAUGCACCAGAGUCUACAUCCUUGGAGGACCAGAAAAUGCUGGCUAGUUUCUUGCCUCUCCUCAGAGAGUGUAUUCCAACAGCAGCUGAAGAGAUUGAAGCUGAUAUCCAUUCUAGUCAUACCGAAGAAUAUGUUUAUGAUUAUUAUGCUGUAAACGAAGACAUGGAUAUCAGUGAAGACAGUUCUAAGCACCAGUUUCCUCUUGUCAAAGUCGAGGAGGAAGAAGAGUUCUGUGAUGGAUCUGAUGAGUCAGACUAUGACUCUGAUGAUUCAAACGAAACACAUGUGAGAAAGGUCCUUGGAGACGACGAAUUUGAUGGUUAUGCAGAGGAUGUGAAUGGUUAUCGAGAGAGUGAUGAUGAGGAUUUUGAGUACACUAAAUGGUCUUACCGGUGA